ACUUGCUUAUGACUCGGAAGCACUUUGAUGUAUUAUAACUUGGUGAAAUCACCCUGCUCGUGAAUAGCACGUUAGAACAUUUCAGGACAAUUUCACGAAUUAGUAAAAGAUUUGGUGUAAAACGACAACAUUUCUCCGUGUUGUUCUGCUGCUCUUUUCGCGGCUUCUUGAUAUUUUGUUUACAAAGAGCGUUGUUAGUGUUAGCAUUAGCACCCGCUCUGCUGUACAAUGUCAACAGCAGCAGAUACGCCAACAGGGGGCGCAGAAGCCCCCGCGUCUCAACCCAACAAGAUGUUUAAGAACUGCUGGGGCUGUAGGAUCCUCUCGGGCGGUGGUUUGAUCCUGGCCGGAGCUUAUGUGUUCAUGGCGGCGCGGAGAGUGAUGAAACGAGGCGGACCGACCUCUAUGGGUACAGUGGCCCAGGUCACAUUUGCUGCAAGUUUGACUGCCUGGGGUAUGGUUGUCAUCGCUGACCCAGUGGGAAAAUCGCACCCGAAAACAUGAGGACAGUUCUGGGAUGCUGGGCGCUUAAAAACAAGUUUAAAUGACUCUAACGGGGACUGAGAGUGUGGCCAGUCAUGUGACACAGGACUCCAAGUUCUUAUAAUACAUCCAUGGUUUCACUGCCUGUGAAAUUAUGCAGAUGAGCUUCCUGUGAGUCUUAUACAAAACUGUGACUUAAAUUUUGUCGCCACUGUGUAGAUGGAUCAAGCGUCCCGACAGUAAUACAGGCCAUGAGCCCCUUAAAUUAAAAUGGAAAGAUCAUAUAUUUGACGAAAA